UAAGAGUUACACCCUUUAAAGGACUAAACGUUCUCUCGAUGUGUUUGAGAUGGAAGAAAAUAUAUCAUCUAUACAAUUCAAGUUAUGGUUGGCUGUUUUUUUGUUUGUUUGUUUGUUUUUUUCAGAGGUCAUAAAAGUGUUUUGUGAGAAACUGCGAUAAAAUCGAAAUGAGGUUAAAGAACUGAAAAUUGUCCUCAGAAUAAUAGUAACUCAUUUGCAAGUAGGACCAAAGGUAAGUAAUUCUUUCAUCAUGAUAUGUUAUAAUUUAUAACAUUUCCUACGUUUUAGGACAUUCUUAGUGAGAAGGAACCAGCUAGAUCCGGAGCCCGUCGAACGUUAGACGAUAAAACGUUCCUUCAAGGUAAAAGCGAUGGACUCGCGAUUUACGUAAUUUUACCAUUUCCGGACCACUGCUCACAGCUUUAAGUUUUUACUAUACUUUUGUGUUUUCUCUUCCAACAGCUAAAUUUUAUAAAACUUCUAUGGUACAGAUUUAACAGAUUUCACAGGAACUGAGCUAGGGUCUUAAAUGAUUUAUCAAACGAAGGGUUAGAUGUGCAGUUGAACGCCAUCUAGUAUUUUUUGUUUACAUUACUCAACAACGCAAUACAUUCGAAAAUGCCCUUGCAGUCCGCUAUGUAUGCGCUUUCCCGGAGUUAUUUUAAAAUCCACAGUUAACUGAAAGAAAAUGUGCUAAAAUUAUAUGCUUUACAAACUAUUAUGAACGCAAUUCCCACUAUAUUAAGGUUGAUAACUUUCAUCAGAAUUAAUAGAGGGAACCCUCUAUUAACUCUGCUUUCAUCGGUGAUUGGUUUCGAGGAAGUAAUAAUGACUCGUAGGUACAUUAACUCCGAGUAAGUUUCCGAAAGGUUCACGACAACGACAGUUCAAUUUAGCAUCACAAAAAUUCGAAUACCUUUCUCUGCCUUAAAGCUUCAACUCAUACGUAACUCUUUUACCUGGUUUAUAAUGUGGUUUCCAUGCAAAAUUUUGAAUUGAUCUCGUGUGGAAUUGAUUCUCCGUCCACAAUCCUGGAAUCCAUUCUGGUUGAUAUUUUCCACGGUUUAUUACGCUAAUCGACAAGGUCAAAUACAAACUCUUCUUUGGAAAUUUUUAGUUGGUGUGAUUGAUCUGAACGUUUUGGUUUAAUAAACUGACGAUUUUCUGGCCUUCUACAACUUUGCAAUGGUCUCUAACACUGAAAAGCAAAAUGUCAAUACAUGUAAUGAUAUGCAUAAGGAGCUUUGAGUGUUAUUAAAUGGGUUGCAGUUGGCUAAUGUGAAAUCAUGCAUCUCUUUUCCUUCCUUAGUCUCCGUGAUUCAAUUCGUUUACUAGAAAAAUCCACCGUGCAAUGAAAUGGUCGAUGACAACUACAAGCUGACAAUGUCCUACAUUUGAUAUACUUAUUGUUUUGAUCUCGCAUUGAUAUAUUUUGGUAGCUCAGUCAAAAGUAAACAUUAAGCCACUUUGCAUAAUAAUACUUAGGUAGCAAUAGACUUCUAAGAAAUCGUUCGCCUUUCGGUGAAAAUGAAUGUCAAAAUGAAGUCCGCAGCCCUCAUGAAACCAUGACUCAAAAAUGAUGGUGUAAUAAACAUUGGUCACGUGUCCAAAGUUGUAUGCAGCGGAGCUGUCGAUGUACGUAUCGUAAUUAAAUGAAAUUCUUCAGCUUCCUUGAGUUACAAAGUUAAAAGGAUCAGUCUCCUCGGGUCAUUUUCAAGGAAACACCGAGCGCGAUGAGUGAACUACGACAAUAUUCUCUCCAACAAAGCAAAUCUCUUCGAUGGAUCAGCAUUUUGCUCGCAGCAAUUCUGAUUGCUGUUGGUAUACAUUCGUACGUCCUCAUCCGAAGAGAUUGCAUAGAGCAGUCGUUAUCCACAGAAUUGAAAGAAAUGAGAAAGAUGGUGGAGGAAUUGUCUUCCAAAGUAGCCAAAACAGAGGCAGAAAACGAAAAUUUAAGAGAAGAGCUCUCAAACACAGAGAUCUCCCGUCUCCGAAGGAGUAAUCUUUGUCACACAGGACACAGGAAGCAUAAAAAUCACAGUAACUGUUGUCACUCGUUUGAGCGCUGUAUGAAAAGACACAAAACUGCUGAAGAAGGAUUAAAUUGCACUUCGGUAAGGAAAUGCCAACCAAAAGCAUUCAUGCACAUGUCUACUAUUAUCCUUGGCCAGCACGGUAUAAACGGUACUGUUAUCCAUGAUAUGCAGUCCAACUCUGUUACAUUGGCACUCAUACGAUCCACUACAACCCAACAAAAUCAAGUCGCGUCGAGACAAAGAACUCCUCUUUACAUUAGGGGGCUGGUAUUCAGUUUAUUUGAAUCUCAGAGUGAGUGAGAAAAUAACCGCGGUUAAAGUCGUAAAUGUCUCUGCCACAGGACAUCCUGCGCUAAUGUCUUUCACACCGAUACCCUCAAAUGACAGCCGCGAUAUAUAUUUUGGGACUGUUCACAUAUCGCGAUUACUAAAGAUACCCGGGAACACUAAAUUAUCUGUUCAAGUCGUGUUCAAAACUGAGGAAAAUGUCAAAGUAACCCACGAAAAGCUUUUUCCAAAUUAUAACUCAGGCUCCAGAAAAACAGAAGACAAUUUUGGAGCCUUUUUGGUGAGUUAAGCAAAAACCACAGAUCCAGAUGAACGUGGCUUCCAUUUCUACCGCCAUUUUAAGAAAGGAUGGAUAACGGCUGCAAAAUUCUUUAUGGAAGUAAUUUUACUGAACACUCUCCUGUAGGAGAGAGGAAUUAUUUCUCGGCGUUAAUAUGAAGUUAUUAACAAAGACGACAAAACCUAAAGAGCUUGUCAAACUUGAUUAUCGUUCUCAAUCAGACUAUAAUGUGAAGGGUAUUAUCCGUGAAAUCAGUCUGUAAAGUUUGCAGUGAAAGGGGAAAGAAUGGAACUAACAAAUGUUAAACAUUCGACUUUGCAAGCUCUUUGGAUUUAUAGAAAUCGAUGAUUGUAGUUCUAUAGUUCUGUUAUUUGUUCUCACUUAAGUUAACCCUUGAACUCCUCGAAGUGAUCAACCAGUAACUUCUCCCUAUAAUAUCCAUACAUGAUCCUGCAAACAGGU